AUGGGUGGCCUUGGCAAGACAACUCUAACCAAGAAGGUGUAUGAUACAAAGGAUCUUCGUGACAAGUUUGACAGCCAUGCUUGGAUCACAGUAUCACAGACUUUCGACAGAAAGGAGCUUCUCAAGGGGAUGGUCGAGCAACUCUUUGGGGUUGACUCGUUUAAAAGAUUCUUAGAGGAGCAUCAAGGGAAGGUUCUGGAAGUGCAUCAUCUCACACUACCUACCUGCAAGAAAGACUCGGAGAAAAGGUACUUCAUUGUUCUCGAUGAUGUUUGGACCACUGAAGCAUGGAAUUUCUUCAAGCUUAGUUUUCCAGACAAUAGUAAAGAUGAUAGCUGUGUAGUAGUGACUACACGAGACGGUAAAUUAGCUGAACAAUUUUGCUCCGCAUCGUACAUCCACCAGCUUAAAUUCCUAGAGAAAGAAGUUGCUAAAAGUUUGUUUCUGAAAAAGGCACAGAAGAGACCUGAUGACCUAGAUAAAGAUGAUCAUACCAAGGGAACAGUUGAGAAGAUACUGAACAAAUGUGGUGGACUACCACUCGCCAUUGUCACGAUAGGAGCCAAUAAGGUUACGAAGGAGUGGGAGAACCUGUACAACCAACACCCCUCAGAGCUGUCAAGCAACCCAAGCCUGGAAGACCUGAGGCGAGUGGUUCAUCUUAGCUACAACCAUCUGCCUUCUCAUUUCAAGCCUUGCUUUCUACAUCUCAGCAUCUUUCCUGAAGAUUUUGAGAUUGAAGGGAAGCACCUCGUGAAUAGGUGGGUAGCUGAAGGGUUUGUGACACAUGCUACUAGCAGGCGGACACUUGAAGACAUUGCUGAGAGUUACUUCUAUGAACUCAUCAGUCGAAGCAUGAUUCAACCAUCCAAGUUGGAUUUUCUUGGACAUGUGAAGACCUGCAGAGUUCAUGAUAUUUCAGUAUCAAUCUCUACUCAGGAGAACCAUAUUUUCUUAGUUGAAGAGCGUACAAGUGCCACUGCUACAUCAACAGAAAGCAUCCGGCAUAUAUCAUGCCUUGUUAGCGGGAAAUUGAACAGUAGCAUGGAUUUCAGCCGAGUUCGAUCCUUUACUAUGUUCAGUGAGCCUAUGCAGCCAAUAGCCUCACUUUGUUCUUCCGAAUUCAAGAUGUUGAGGGUUCUCGAUCUUAAAAAUGCUCGAUUCUAUGCAGUGCAACAACACAUCAGAAAUAUUGGAUUGCUGCUACACUUGAAAUACUUGCAUUUCCCUAAUCGUGUUUCAGAUGUUUAUGCAAUUCCAAGAUGCAUAGGGAACCUGCAAGGCUUGCAGACUCUAGAUUUACAGAAAUCACGUGUGUCAUCCCUACCAGCGGAAAUAACUAAACUUCAUAAUCUUCGCAGUCUCCGGUGUAGCAAGUCACCAAGAUUUGCUUAUUUUAGUACAAGUGACUAUGGUGAAUGGUUUAGUGAUGCCUUCUCUUUAGUUAAUUUAGCUGACCGUUAUUCUCGUGGUGCAGCAACUACUGAGCUGCACAUGGCUUUGUCUAGCUGCUGGUCUUAUUCAUCUGGCAUUAAGUUGCCCAGAGGAGUGGGAAGAUUGAAACAGCUACAGAUACUAGAGAAAGUGGAUACGAAGCGAACAACCAGAAAAGCAAUUAAAGAGCUAGGGGAACUAACUCAGCUGAGGAGGUUAGUUGUGAGAGGGAGAGCGGCCUCCAAGGAAAAGUGCAAGGCAUUCUGUGAGGCUGCGCAGAAGCUGUCCUCCCUCCGUUCACUCAAUGUGAGUACUAAGGAGUCGGCAUACGUAGCUGAUGAGGAGCUGGAUAUGUUAGUUUCUUUUGAGUCCCCUCUCCCCUCGCUUGAGAGGCUCAAAUUGAAGGGGCGUCCUCAGAAGAUACCUGCUUGGGUUGGUAACUGUGUGAACUUGGUGAAGGUUGACUUGGAGUAUUGUAAGCUCAAGGAACUGGAGGCCUUGGCUCAACUGCCCAACUUGAUCCAACUUCGACUUGAUACAUUUGCAUACGAUGCAGAGAAAUUAGUGCUCCGCUAG